GGAGGCUGGGUGGAGGGCUGGAGAGCGGCGGCUGGGGCCGGGAGUGGGGACCGCGGCGUGGAGGUGCUACCGGGCUCGCGCGGCUGCGAGCUCAGAGCCCCCUACCCUAGACGAGCCGGCCUCAGUGGGGGCCGAGGCGUGGCGGCGGCAGAGGCGGCAGCAGCCGGAGAAUGAUGGCAGCGCCCACCGGAGCCGGGGCAGCGAUCGCAGCCUCAGACCGCAAGCGCUGGCUGUGGUCUGUGCUGGCGGCGGCGCUCGGGCUCUUGACAGCUAGAGUAUCCGCCUUGGAGGUCUACACACCAAAAGAAAUCUUUGUGGCAAAUGGGACCCAAGGAAAGCUGACAUGCAAGUUCAAGUCUACCAAUACCCCCGGCGGGUUGACCUCGGUCUCCUGGAGCUUCCAGCCAGAAGGAGCUGACACCACUGUGUCGUUUUUCCACUAUUUCCAAGGGCAAGUGUACCUUGGGAAUUAUCCACCAUUUAAGGACAGAAUCAGCUGGGCUGGAGACCUUGACAAGAAGGAUGCAUCGAUCAACAUAGAAAACAUACAGUUCAUACACAAUGGUACCUACAUCUGUGAUGUCAAAAACCCUCCUGACAUUGUUGUCCAGCCUGGACACAUCAGGCUGUACGUCGUAGAAAAAGAGAGUUUGCCGGUGUUCCCAGUGUGGGUAGUGGUGGGUAUAGUUACUGCUGUGGUCGUAGGUCUCACUCUGCUCAUCAGCAUGAUUCUGGCUGUCCUCUAUAGAAGGAAAAACUCUAAACGGGAUUACAAUGGCUGCAGUACAUCAGAAAGUUUGUCACCGGUUAAGCAGGCUCCGCGGAAGUUCCCCUCCGACACAGAGGGUCUAGUAAAGAGUCUGCCUUCUGCAUCUCAUCAGGGCCCAGUCAUAUAUGCGCAGUUAGACCACUCCGGUGGACAUCACAGUGACAAGAUUAACAAGUCAGAGUCUGUGGUGUAUGCAGACAUCCGGAAAAAUUAAGACCCAGAACAUAUCCUAAGCAAGAAACAAAUCCAAACUGGACUCCUAUGCAGAAAAUGUAGCCCAUCACCGCAUGUGGCCUUGAAGACCCAAGCAAGGACAAGCACAUGUGUACUCAGAGGGAGAAAAAUAUGUGUAUAAAGGAUAUGUAUAAAUAUUCUAUUUAAUCUUCCU